AUGGGAAAUUCUUCAGGAGAGAUAAAUACUUUAUCUCGGGAAGAAGAAUUUGAUAAUAUGGUGAGUAAAUUAGGUGGAAGAGCCAUGAGACCUAAAACUCGAAACUACUAUCCUAGACCGUUAUUUGUUGAUGUGCAAUUUAAAGAAAGAAGUAGUUUUGUUGAAAAUAGUUAUUCAGGAGAAUCCAUUGUAGAAUGGAACAUCGACGAUGCUUCUAAGAAACAAGUGUUAGAUACCAUACAAAAUAUGACUAUGGCUGUUACAACUUUUAAACUCAAAGGAAACACCGACAAGCAUACUAAAGAUAUAUUAGUUGUGGGGUUCUUUGUAGGAGAGCCUUUAAAGCUCCAACAAAGAGCAGCAAACCAAUUACUAAAUUUGUAUUGUCCAACCAUGUCUGAUUAUAGAUGGUAUAGAGACAUGUUUCUUUCUAAACUUUGCCUUAGGUCAGAUGGUGCUGCUGAUUAUUGGAAAGAAAGAUUUAUUAAUGGUUUACCUAUAUUAUUUGUUGAGAAGAGUAAAAAUGAAAAUAUGAGUAAUAGGCGUGAAAUGGGUUCAUUUUGCAAACAAUAUGGAGCUACUCCUUUAAGAGCUCCUGGUAACCCUAAGAAUAAAAGGGUUGUUAUUAAAAGUAAGAAAAACUUCCGUUACCAUAAGAAACAACCUUACAAAGAUAACUCUGAAUUUCAUAAAGCCCCUUAUAAGAAAAAUUAUGGUAAGAAACCUUACCGAAAACCCUAUGAUAAAACCAAACCUAAAGAUAAAGAUGUCAAAUGUUAUAAAUAUGGUUGUUUUGGCCAUUAUGCUAAUAAAUGUAAGAUGCAAGGAAAAAUUAAUCAAUUAGGAAAUUUAGAUAUUUCAGAGGAGUUAAAAGAAAGUUUGAUAUCUAUAUUUAAAAAUAUCUUGCUAAAUUCUGAAGAAGAAGACAACUCUUCAUCUUAUGAAGAAUCGUCUUAUGAAGAAAUUCGUCAAAUUAAUAAUUCUGAGGAAUCAAAUUCUGAUUCUGACGAAUAUUUAGGAAUAGACUUUUGUAAUUGUAAUAGUUGUAAUAAAAGCAUUAAUAUUCUCACUAAUCAUCAAGCUAAUACCCUAAUAGGAAUAUUAGAUAAGAUGGAAGAAUCUGAAAGUAAGAAUGCUUUCAUGAGACAAAUUAAAAAGAUUAUUGACAAAAACGAUAUUUGUAAAAAGCAUGUUAAUAAAGUAGAAUUUAAAGAUGUUAUGAACUUAUUUUAA